CUGUUUCUGCCUUUGGUAGUCUUUCCAUCUUAAUAAUCCAAUUUGUAACAUUGGCGAAUGAGAGUUUAGUACUACAUGAGAUUUCAUAUUGUCUUGGAGGGAUUUAAAAUAUUAGCCUUUGUAUCUUGACACUGAUCAAUCUUUUUCGAGUAUAGGCAAAUAUGUGCCUACUCCUUUCCUUGAUUCAUUACAAAUCUUGAUGGGCGAAAUUUCACGGCUAUACAGUCUAGCUAAUUUGGACGUAAUCCAAUAAAAAAUUACUGGGUUGUGAUGCAUCUUAGCUGCUACAAGGAAAGGUACAGAGCAAAGUGAUCCGGCAAACAGAUCUCUUGGAGGGUUUUCAGUAAUAGAUGCAGCUUAAAGAGUGCUCGAAAUUAACUGUCCAGGAACUGUUUCUCGUGCCGAUGUUGUUGCUUUGGCUGCUAGAGAUGCUGUUGAAAUGGUGAGACAGCCCUCAUCAAGUACUUGCACUUUCCUGUUUUAUUUGAUUUCCCCAUGAGUUUAUUCAUGAAGGCUUGGGAACAGGCUGGAGGACCAGCAAUUCAGAUUCCAACAGGUAGGAGAGAUGGGUUGGUUUCAACAGCGUCAAAUGUUAGAUUUCCUGUGGAUGAGAUGAUAAAGCUCUUCUCUUCUAAAGGGUUGUCCUUGAAUGACCUUGUCACUCUUUCAGGAGCUCACACCAUUGGAACAGCUCAUUGCAGUGCAUUCAGUGAGGGGAAGCUCACACUCAUUGACAGGUCCCUUGACAGAAGUUAUGCAGAUGAGCUAAUGAAACAGUGCCCUGCAGGCUCAAGCCCCUUUGUAACUGUUACUCAUGAUCCCGAAACAUCCUUUACGUUUGACAACAAAUACUACCGAAAUCUUUUAGACCACAGAGGGCUAUUCCAAUCAGAUUCCGUUCUCUUAAAUGAUUACAGAACCCGGAAACGGGUAGAAGAUUUUGCAAAUGAUCAAGUUUGUUUCUUUGAGAGUUGGGGUCAGUCAUUUUUAAAGCUUACUAGCAUCGAAGUGAAAACAGGUGAUGAAGGGGAGAUUCGGAGAUGUUGUUCGGGAAGAAACAUGUAAAGAGAUGGAGAGAGGAUUCGCUUUUUCAUAUAAUUAGCCUCACAAAACAAUGACACUUUCAAAGUACUCUUCAAUGAUACUUAAAACUACAUUAUUAAUAUGUGCAAACUUGGUGAAGUCAAAACUACAUUUAUAGUUAUAUAAAACCCUGAUUUGGGUUGCAAAUGCAGAGAAACUCUGGGAACUAAUGGUGGGAUCAAUGCAAAUGCCGCUGCCCUUUUUAAUUUUUUAUCGAC